GGAGCGGAGCGCGUCGCCAUUGGUCUGCGGCCAUGACGCGGCGGCGGGGCGGAAGUGGCGGCUCCGACCAUGGACAGCGGUGAUGACAUUGAAGAUGUGUCUCUCUUUGAUGCAGAUGAUGAUGUAUCCAGGAGAUCCAAAAAGUCAAAAAUAAGGCACCCAGUGGCAUCAUUUUUCCACUUAUUCUUCCGAGUCAGUGCCAUCGUUGUUUACGUGCUCUGUGAGCUCUUAACCAGCAGCUUCAUUGCCUGCAUGGUGACCAUCAUCCUCCUGCUGUCCUGUGACUUCUGGGCUGUAAAGAAUGUCACAGGGCGGCUCAUGGUUGGCCUGCGCUGGUGGAACCAGGUGGAUGAUGACGGCAGAAGUCACUGGGUGUUUGAAGCCAGGAAGGUGUCAGCACAAGGGGGUAAAACCUCAUCCGAAGCAGAGUCCCGAAUUUUCUGGCUAGGCCUGAUCACCUGCCCCAUGGUCUGGGUGAUCUUUGCCUUCAGCGCUCUCUUCUCUUUCAAAGUGAAGUGGUUGGCAGUGGUGGUGAUGGGGGUGGUGCUGCAGGGAGCCAACCUGUAUGGCUACAUCAGGUGUAAAGUUGGCAGCAGGAAGAACCUGACCAGCAUGGCAACCAGCUACCUGGGGAAGCAGUUCCUGCGGCAGACCAUGGCUACAGAGGACCAAGCAGCAUCCUGAGUGUGAUGGGAGCCUCCAGCCAGGCUGCAUUCCCAGCAGUGACCAACAGAGAAGGCUGCUCUGACCAUUUUGGGGGCUGCACAACAAGGUGUGAAUUAAAAGAAGUAAAUAAAUUGUGCAAGACUCGGGGUUAACGCUCCUGGCAACUUAUAUUCCAUUUUCCAGUAGCAGUUUGUGUUUAAGUCCUCUCUUUAGUUUGAUUAAUGAGAAUAAUUUGCUUAAACUUUAAAUUAAAAGAUUGAGUGGGUUUCAUACAGGUUUAGAUCUACUGGAUGAGUUAAGAGAAAAUUGCUGGAGAUUCUUCAGAAAAGCCAUGUACAAGCUGAGCCUUGAGAACUACCCUGCUCCUUCUGCUCUUGGUGCCUGGGGACUUUCAGUUGUGGACAGGUUUUGCUCUUGGAGGUUGUUGCUGCUUCUGUUGCAGUUCAGGGAGUGAUUUUUUUGGCCCUGCAUCCAUCAUUAUGUGACUGGAAUGGCGCUGAGUGGUUGCAGUGAGGGGCAUCUGAAGGAAAUGGAGCUUCUGGGAAGAUCCCUGCAGUCUCAUGGCAGCUGCAGGAAGUGACCUGUGAGCAGGCCCUAGUGUUCUGAAGCAUUCAUAGACCUGGGGAACAUCCUAAAGCCCUGGAUCUGUGGGAAUCCCUGCAAGCCUGGGCCUGUCUGGAGAGAGUGGCAGGAGCAGAACCAGUUUCCAGGGAAGGCUCAGCCCGUUGCAGCCAGGGCUUGGGAGAGCAGCCCUUGUCUGCCUGGCCUGUCACACUGAGGCCAUGAGUUGACCUGGAGGGGGUCACUGGGCCAUGGGGCUGUUCCUCAGGCCAGGAGGGUGAGGGGAUGUGACCAGCAGUUCCCUGGCACAGGGGUGGGACUGGCAGGGAGUCACCCUCCUGCAGUCCAUGCUCUGUGCUGUCCCAAAGCUCCCCAGGGAGUCAGCUGGGGAGAGCCCUGUGUGGGAUCCUGGCUGGUAGUGCUCAGUGGGAUGGCAGUCCUGUGUUCUGAGCUCAUCUCUGCACAGGGACCAGUUCCCUCUCCUGGGGUUCUGUCACUGGAGCUUGUGCUUCCACAGCAGGUGCUGAACAUUCUGGGUGGAGUUGUAAAUGAAGAAUGUGGUUUCUUUUUGACUCCUGGGUGCUGUGAAUUGUGGGGUUCCAUUAACCUGGUUCCUGUCCCUGUGCUCUGCAGUACUGGCAGCUGUACAUUUGUUUAACUCCUUGGAUUGAUACCUCCCUUUUGUAAAUGCAUAUUUAUAAAAUCUUGAAAUUAAAAUACUGCUUUAUUUAACCA